CCCGAGCCCUCAGCCCUCAGCCCUCGGCCUCAGCCCUCAGCCCUCAGCCCAGACAUAACAGCACAGCGAUGGGAGUGCAGGUCGAAACCAUCGCUCCGGGGGACGGACGGACUUUUCCUAAGAAGCAGCAGCGCUGUGUGGUUCACUAUGUGGGAACACUGCUAGAUGGAUCUCAGUUUGAUUCCUCUCGUGACAGAGGCAAGCCAUUUGCAUUUGUAAUGGGUCGACGAGAAGUCAUCAGAGGCUGGGAAGAAGGAGUGUCUCAGAUGAGCGUUGGCCAGAGAGCUAAGCUGACCUGCACACCAGAAUAUGCUUAUGGAUCCAAAGGUUACCCUGGUGUCAUUCCACCUAAUGCAACUUUGAUAUUUGAUAUUGAGCUCCUCCGGCUGGAGUAACUCAUUGGCUGGUUUGUUGCCGCAUUUUGGCAUGUGAACAUUGGCAAGCUUGGAGAGUGCAGUAGCGCCUAGUCUAUAAUCACACUACACUUACUCUAUCUGUCGAGCACCCACUGUCAGCAUCUAUCAACAGCAAGUCCGUUCUUUGCAAACAUCCAUGGGCUGUCAUCUUGCGGACACCUGUGGGCUAUAACCGAACCUGUUUCCAUUUUUGAUGUUAUUGUGCUUUGCUUUUUAUCCAAGACCAUGUUGUGCCUGGUAGAUCAUUUCCUCGAUGUUAAAUACAAAGAAGCACAUCUUGUUUAUUCAGUUAACAGCAUGAUAAUCAUUGAUUUGACUCAUUGAAGCCAUAAAUGAAUGGAACAACUAAACCAUUUGGGUAUGUAAGUCAGAUUUUAUAUAGCAGAGAUAUACCAUCUUGGUUUGUGAUUAAUACAUGUUAGAUUCAUUUAAGCAGGACAUGUUUGUCUUUGCUUGGAAUCUAGUCUUGAGCUUUACCUGAAGUUCAUGAGCUGCCCAGCACCACUGGUUUUCAAUCUAAUCUGGGGAAAUAUUAUUUAAACCUAUGAUCGAUUUAAUGUACUGCAGGAAGUCUGAUUUCCUGGUAAAACUGAUUCACAAUGCUUGCUUGCAGAAGGUGACCGAGGGAGAAGCUAAUACACAGGUAACAAAUCAUAGGAAAGGCUUAAAUCACGGGGGCUGCUGCAGGAAAACUUGUGAUAUCACAGCCUUACUGCACUGAUUAAAUGUGUCUAAAUUACAUUUCUAACUAAAUAUACAACUGGAUAGAUUCCUGAAAUUCCAGUGGCUGUUCCGUGGUAUGAGUGUAUACUGUGUCCCUCUAUCCCUCAUUCUCUGAUAAAUGAUUUGUGUGAAACAACUGAUGGUGUCCUUUGAAGCUAGUCACAAUUUGUAAUUGAAGUCUGCCAAUGCAUUCUCUUCUGUGCGGCUUCUGAGAUCGUCAUUGCACUGUAGCUUUGUGAUUGGCGAUACAGUAAGUUCCAAAAUGCUUUUACAAUAAAAUGCUUUCUCUAAACCUUA